AUGAUGCAUACCGUCGACGCCCGCACGCAGGCCUUCAAUGGCCAGCGUCGCGAGCAGCGCCACCCUAAUGAUGGAUCAACAAACAACUUUCUCCCCGCUUCGUCUGGAAACUUUCUCCUUCCAGAUGCCCAAGGCCAGUUCACUUUCUCCGCAGAGCCGGCCUCUAUGCUGGACUAUGGUUCGAUGACCACCACCGCCGGCCAGGACUCUGUCUUCACUCCAAAUACCAGCUCCUCUUUCGAUUCCUCUUUGCACCCGGAUGUCAUCAAUCAAUCCUACCCUCCCGCCAACGCCUAUAUGCAGGCGCAGAACUACAGCCUUUCUCCUGGAACACAUAGCCGCAACGGUCACAGCAUCUCGCCCUCACAUUCGAUAGACCACCUGAGCCCAGAGACUGGAUACAUGAGCGAUCCGAAUUACCAGGAUCUCAGCAAUUACACGACCCCAAGCUUUAACGGCCAGUAUUUAGACGAGUCGUUCUCUCAGCUCAAUUUCUCAGAAAACGUUUCGCCCAACGCUUUUCCUCAAUUCCAACAAGAAGUGGACAUGUCUCUCCUAACCAGCAACUCCCUGGCUACGUAUAAUGCCCAGCCGUCUCAGCUUCCAAACAACGCUCGCCUGGAUUCACACUCUCAAUUGCUGUCGCCCUGUCCCACCAACAACUCCAGUCCCAUCGUUACCGACGAAACGUCCAGGAACGUAAAUUAUUCGGGGAUGCAAUACGCCGGGCAAGAGUAUAAUCCUUCCUCGACGCCACCUAGUCGCGCAAACCAACCACAACAGUCAACACCAAGCAAGCAGCAACAACAUAGUCCCGCCUUGACGAACAGUCCCGGGAACGUAGCACUUGCGAAUCCGCAACCUCGCGCGUCACACCUGGCCAGCCCUAUUGUGCGUGUCGAAAAUUACGGCGGCAGAGACUCGCCUUCGCCAUCCGAUGUUAGUAGGCCGGUGAGCAAGCGCAGCCACGGCAGUCGCCGCUCGGGGAAUCACCUCUCGCCUUUCCCAAAUGACGAAUCAUCUGACGACGACCACGACGACUCACAGGAGAGGGUGCGGGUGCAGCCUGUUGUUCGCAGCACCGAACGCAACGAAGACGGUUCUUGGUUGACAAGCCCUGCAUCUGGGCAAGCCGGGCUCAGCCCAGACGAUCGACAAGCGAUGGGAGAGGCGUGGGUGCCAAGUAUCGAAGAAAUCGCAGAGCGAAGAUUAAAAGAGGAGAAGAAGCACGAAGUACAAGAAUGGCUUUCAAAGAGCGAGGUUGGUAGUGAAGCGGGAGACGGAGGUGCUUCAACCAGCCUGCUCAAACCCUUCUCGACGAGGCGCCGGGCAAAGAGCACGAAUGAUGCUCAUCGUCAGCCAUUCAACGGAGCAUUUGGCCUCGGUGUGCGCACCGACUUUGACCGCAUCGAUGACUCCGGGAUUCCUGGACCUGGACGCUAUAUCGAUGAGCGGAGCGAAUACGACGACUACGAAGAUGAGGACGACGAGGACUACGAACCCGAAUCGCCACCUGCAGAGAUAGAUGUCGCAGCCAAUGCGGACAAUGACAAUUCUUACUUCCCUCCGCUAGAGCAGGGGCCCGUGGUUGGUGCUAAUGUCCGACCUUGGGUUGAUGUACCCUCGCAACCAUCGGCAUCUUCAACACGUUACCAGCCGCAAACUUCGAAUGCUGCCAUGAUGCGCUUUCGCUUACGAGCAAAGAACGUUGAGACGGCGUCGCUUGCUGCUACUGUCGGGUCGCGGCGUCUCAGCGAGUCCGAUUUGGGAAGCAUCAGGGCCGCGCCCGGCGUCAUCAAGGUCAUCGAGCCGGAUCCGAAAAAGCACAAGGAAAGGCAACGGCGGCCAAGUUUCUUAGAGAAUAUCCUCCCCAUACGUGCACCUAGCAAUCUCUUGAAGCGGAAAGGAAGCAUUCCCGUGCCUCAACCUGAGGCCGAAAAGGCUAAAGAACCCGUCAUGGAAAAGCCCAAGCGGAUGGGUAGUUGGGGACGCCCAAAGUCACCCAGACUAGAUACUAGUGUUGCAAACCAUGGCAGGGAUAUUGGUCCUCCUAGUUCUACGGGUCUCUCAGCCACAUCUGGUACAUGGUAUCAAGGUGCCAAGGCUGCAAUUAAACGAAGCAGGAGUAGGAGUGAUUUAGGCAAAUCACCCGGACUCGCUGAACUCAUGACUCAACACGGGGGCCCGCCCAUGCCUAUGCUUGCUUCGCCACUGGCGGAGACUGAGGCCACAAAACUCUCCCCACAGCCGAGUCCCGCGGGAGAUGAUGAUGACGACGACGCUCAAGAAGCAGUGACGAUGGAUCUCAAAGUCCGUUCUGACCCGAUCAUUCCCACGUACGAAGGGUUCAAGACACAUGCCCGACAACUUAACCCUCGUCUGACGGACUACAUGGUCGAGCGGAUCACACAGGAGCAAAUGAGACGAUAUAAGCGCCUGCUUGAGUUCAGAGUCAAGCAUCUUAACGCUGUCAAGAACCGGAACUGCGCAUCAGGCAAGUUCUGUACAGAUCUCGGUGGCGAGUCGAAGCAGCUGCCUCCGCGGGCGGGGAAUAAAGAUUCUGAUGCACCUUUCAUCGGCUUUCAGAUAACAGCGCCAGGUUCAUCAGAUGAAGAUGGCGAGCCUCCUCCAGAAGGAACAGUCGUCUCCGCACAAUUUCCCCUUGGUGUACCACUUCCUCCCGUCAAGCGCCUACCCGCCGAGUUCGAAUGCCCUCUGUGCUUCAAGGUCAAGAAGUUCUACAAGCCAUCCGACUGGACGAAACACGUUCAUGAGGAUGUGCAACCGUUCACCUGCACCUUUCCAAACUGUGGCGAGCCGAAAUCUUUCAAGCGCAAAGCCGACUGGGUCAGACACGAGAAUGAACGUCACCGACAGUUGGAGCACUGGACGUGCCAAAUUGCCGAUUGCAAUCAUACUUGCUACAGGAAGGAUAACUUCGUCCAACAUCUUGUUCGAGAACACAAGAUUGCCGAGCCGCGGCAACGGACCGUCAAGGGCGGGAAUAAGGACAUGCCAGCCAAUGCAGAUACAGAUGACAUAUGGAGCCUUGUUGCUAGAUGCCGACGCGACACGACGAAACAACCCAAGGACGAGCCUUGCCGGUUCUGUGGCAACAUUUGCAACAGCUGGAAGAAGCUGACGGUGCAUCUCGCUAAACAUAUGGAGCAAAUCAGCAUGCCUAUUCUCCCGCUCGUUGAGCAGAAGCAACUAAACGCCGACACCAUCAUCAGUCCCGUUGUCGAGAUGCCUGAGAGCCGCAAGCUAUCCGCGACUCCCAACCGAUCGCCCGUGGACAAUCCAUCUCGAUAUAACCCGAACUCCACACUUGCGCCCGGUAUCGACCCAUCCUUUGGACAAUACCCUUCUGAGGCGGCUGCAGGGGUCGCUUCCAAUGUCAUGCACACCUAUCCGCCCCCACAGAUGGUGGCAUACAAGAACCAAGCGCAAGCUCAGAAGGGCAAUUACGCCAAUUAUGCGGUGGAGAAUGCGCAGACUUACACGGGCAGAACCUACCCUGGGCUCCAAGAACCUGCAAAGGUACGCGGUGCUUAUGUCAACAAUCUCCAGAUACCCAAUCAGCCGUACCAUAACGGCAAUAUGCAAAAUGGACCAAAUCGGUUUCCAAUGACACCCGUGUCAGCAGUUGGGCAACAGCAGGCCGUAUUCACCCCAUCUCCAGUCGACACGACGCCGUAUUCCACCGACACGCUGGGAUCAACGUACUUUACGCAAGAACCGCAGAAUAUGUCAACAAGCGGAAUGCCGGACGUGGGCUUCGAUGCGGGAAACACGAUGCAGUUCCAGCCACCUUCGGCGUACCAGGAGAUGGCGUACAUGACGGCGCAUCAGCAGAACUACCAGUUUCAGGGACAUUAG